ACGAACAUGAAAAUUUCUUAUUUAUUUCUCAAUAAUAUAUAUAUAUAAUAUAUAUAUUAAAUGUUAUGAUUGAUGCUUUGGUUUGGUUUGUUUCGUAGCAGAGGCAAUCAAAUUCUUUUCCUUUCUUUGAUUCAUUUCACAGGUGGAAGAAAAAGCAAGUAGUCAAUCAAUCUCAGUGCUUUUCCGUAUUAUUACUUUACUAUAAUGGAUCCAAUCUCAAUCUCAGCUCAAACUCCAACCAACGUGAUAGUGAGACUGACACCAUGAUUGCUUCUUCCACUCUUCUUCGUCUUCCCACACUCUCUCUUCAAACUUCCAAGGUUGCUAUAAAUAGUCGGAUUUUUGCGCAACCUGGAGUCGGGAGCUCUGGAUCUCAGCCGUUGCUAGCUUACCGUAGAGUUGUGUUUCCAUCAAGGAACUCAAUUAAUGGGAAAGUGGAUUGCUGUUUUUAUACCUCGGCAGUUUUAACAGAUGACAACUCAUCAAUAACAGCGGAAGAAGAAAUGGAACAUAUUGGUAUAUUGAGCACUGAUCCAAGCUUGGAACAGUAUAAAGAUCACUUCAAAUAUAGAAUGAGCAGAUAUGUAGAUCAGAUAAAGCUUUUUACCAAACAUGAAGGAGGGCUUGAGGAAUUUGCAAGAGGUUAUUUGAAAUUUGGGUUUAACAAUGAAGAAGGUGGCAUUGUGUACCAUGAAUGGGCCCCUGCUGCUCAGGAAGCACAACUUAUUGGUGAUUUCAAUGGAUGGGAUGGUUCUAACCACAAGAUGGAGAAGAACCAAUUUGGAGUUUGGAGUAUCAAGAUUCCUGACUCUGAUGGGAAGUCAGCCAUUCCUCAUAAUUCACGUGUAAAGUUCCGCUUCAAGCACAGUGAUGGAGUUUGGGCGGAUCGCAUCCCUGCUUGGAUUAAAUAUGCCACAGUUGACCCAUCAAGUUUUGGAGCACCAUAUGAUGGUGUAUAUUGGAACCCACCCUCAUCAGAAAGAUAUCACUUUAAACAUCCUCGUCCUCCAAAACCUUUGGCCCCGAGAAUCUACGAGGCUCAUGUUGGAAUGAGUAGCUCAGAACCUGUUGUCAGUUCAUAUAGAGAAUUUGCUGACAAUGUUUUGCCUCGUAUAAGGGCAAACAACUAUAACACAGUCCAGUUAAUGGCUGUGAUGGAACAUUCCUACUAUGCAUCCUUUGGCUACCAUGUUACAAACUUUUUUGCUGUAAGCAGUAGAUCUGGAACCCCAGAGGACCUAAAAUAUCUAAUUGACAAAGCCCAUAGCCUUGGUUUGCGAGUUUUAAUGGAUGUUGUUCAUAGCCAUGCGAGUAACAAUGUCACUGAUGGUCUAAAUGGCUUUGAUGUUGGUCAAAGCUCACAUGAUUCCUACUUUCACAUUGGAGAACGAGGUUACCACAAAUUAUGGGAUAGCAAACUCUUUAAUUAUGCUAAUUGGGAAGUUCUUCGAUUCCUUUUAUCCAACUUGAGGUGGUGGCUUGAGGAGUAUAAUUUCGAUGGAUUUCGAUUUGAUGGAGUUACUUCAAUGUUGUAUCAUCAUCAUGGGAUCAAUAUGGGAUUUUCCGGAAAUUACAAUGAGUAUUUUAGUGAGGCCACAGAUGUUGAUGCUGUGGUAUACUUGAUGCUGGCAAAUCAUCUGAUUCAUGAAAUCUUGCCUGAUGCAACAGUAAUUGCUGAAGAUGUUUCAGGCAUGCCUGGACUUGGUCGGCCCGUCUCAGAGGGGGGUGUUGGUUUUGACUACCGGUUGGCAAUGGCUGUCCCUGAUAAGUGGAUUGAUUAUUUGAAGAACAAGAGUGAUAUGGAGUGGUUAAUGACGGAAAUCUCAUGGAGUUUGACUAAUAGGAGAUAUAGUGAGAAGUGUAUAUCUUAUGCUGAGAGUCACGACCAGGCAAUUGUCGGUGACAAGACUAUUGCCUUCUUUCUGAUGGAUAAAGAAAUGUAUUCAGGCAUGUCCUGUCUGACAGAAGCUUCUCCUACUGUUGACCGAGGGAUAGCACUUCACAAGAUGAUACACUUCAUAACAAUGGCAUUGGGAGGGGAAGGCUAUCUGAAUUUUAUGGGAAAUGAAUUUGGUCAUCCCGAGUGGAUUGACUUCCCAAGAGAAGGAAAUGGAUGGAGCUAUGAAAAGUGCAGACGACAGUGGAACCUGGUGGAUACUGAGCAUUUGCGAUAUAAGUUUAUGAAUGCGUUUGAUAGGGCAAUGAAUUCGCUCGAUGAUAAAUUUGCAUUCGUAUCAUCAUCUAAACAAAUAGUAAGCAGCACGAAUGAAGAAGACAAGGUCAUUGUCUUCGAGCGUGGAGAUCUAGUUUUUGUAUUCAAUUUCCAUCCAGAAACUUCAUAUGAUGGGUACAAGGUUGGGUGUGACUUGCCUGGGAAGUACAGGGUUGCGCUUGAUAGCGAUGCUUUAGAAUUUGGUGGACAUGGAAGAGUUGGCCAUGAUGCAGACCAUUUCACCUCGCCGGAAGGAAUACCAGGAGUACCUGAGACAAAUUUUAACAAUCGCCCCAACUCCUUCAAAGUAUUAUCACCCUCUCGCACCUGUGUGGUUUACUAUAGAGUAGAUGAAACUGGUGAAGGAAACAGUGGGAGUAAAGUUAGUCAAAGCAAUGAGAAGAAGAGGAGUGACUAAGUUGCUCUGGUAGAUUGUUGUAGCCGGAGAGGAUGGUGUGAAUAAAUAAGAUAAUUCUCUUAUUGAGUUUGUAGAUUUUGCUAUGGAGUUAAUUAUGUAUAAAUACUUUGUUGUGAA